AUGAAGGUUUCGGUGUCGGGAAAGGUGUUCACAGUGGGGCUGAUAAGCUUCUGGUACGCCUCAAACAUUGGAGUGUUGCUGCUGAACAAGUACCUCCUCAGCAACUACGGUUUCAGGUACCCCAUAUUCCUGACGCUGUGCCACAUGAUGGCGUGUUCCAUCCUCAGCUACGUCGCCAUUGCGUGGCUCAAGAUGGUGCCCAUGCAAACGGUGGGUUCCAAGGUGCAGUUCGUCAAGAUUUCCUCUCUCGGACUCAUCUUCUGCUUGUCCGUCGUCGGGGGCAACAUCUCGCUCCGCUACCUCCCAGUCUCCUUCAACCAGGCCGUCGGCGCCACCACGCCCUUCUUCACGGCGGUCUUCGCCUAUUUCGCCACCCUCCGCCGCGAGAGGUGGCUCACGUACGUCGCACUUGUUCCGGUUGUUGCAGGCGUUAUUAUUGCUAGUGGGGGAGAACCAAGUUUCCAUCUAUUUGGAUUCAUAAUGUGUAUCAGUGCUACUGCAGCCAGGGCACUGAAAACAGUGCUUCAAGGGGUCUUGCUGUCUUCUGAAGCGGAAAAGCUCAAUUCUAUGAACCUUCUUAUGUACAUGGCUCCAGUGGCUGUUGCAUUCCUUCUUCCAACUUCAAUCAUAAUGGAGGAAGAUGUAAUUGGAAUCACAAUUGCUCUUGCUAGAGAAGAUUCAAGUAUUUUGUGGUUACUUUUGGUAAAUUCUGCAUUGGCAUAUUGUGUCAACUUGACCAAUUUCCUAGUCACAAAGCACACCAGUGCAUUGACACUUCAGGUGCUAGGAAAUGCAAAGGGAGCUGUGGCAGUUGUUAUCUCCAUUUUGAUAUUUCGAAAUCCUGUAUCAGUGACUGGAAUGUGUGGAUAUUCUCUCACAGUCAUUGGCGUUGUCCUAUACAGUGAAGCCAAGAAACGGAGUAAAUAG